GGAAAAAUAAAAAAAACGAGCGAUAAGAAUUUGGCAUCCAGCACACGGGCGACAGGGAGGGGGUGGUUUUGAGGGCGGAUUAGGGCGACGAAGCGGUGGGAAAAUCGAGCAGCAGCGUCGUCCUACACACGAAGCGCGCACACUGCCCACACAGCCACCCACUGCAGCAGCAGCAGCAGCAACCAGCAGCUAUGGAUGUGAAUCAGUUAGUGGCUCAGGGUCGUUUUCGAAUCAUCAAAGAACCCUUGGGCUUUAUCAAGGUCCUGCAAUGGAUCUUCUCCAUAUUCGCGUUCGCCACAUGCAGCGGCUACACGGGGGAGCUGGGCCUCACCGUCAACUGCAAGAAUCGCUCCGAAGCCAACCCCAACGUCAUCAUCAAGUUCUCCUACCCGUUCCGCCUGCACCAGGUGUUCUUUGACGUGCCGGCGUGCAAAGGCGCGGAGGUGGAGCGCCUCUACCUGACGGGCGACUUCUCCUCGUCGGUCGAGUUCUACGUCACGGUCGCCGUCUUCGCGUUCCUCUACUCCCUCGCCGCCAUCGUUGUCUACAUCUUCCUACAGCAGAAGUACACGGAGAACAACCGUGGACCCAUGAUUGACUUCAUCGCCACUGUCGUGUUCUCCUUCCUGUGGCUGGUGAGUGCCUCUGCCUGGGCUAAGGGCCUCUCGGACGUGAAAUCUGCCACGGACCCCGAGGAGGUGAUCUUCCUCGUGGCCGCGUGCCAGGCCGCCGUGCCGCUCGCCACCUGCAAGGAGGGCCUCGACCCCGUGACCUCCGGCCUCAGCGUCUCCGUUGUCUUCGGCUACCUGAACUUCGUGCUGUGGGCUGGCAACAUCUGGUUCGUGUUCAAGGAGACGGGUUGGUCGGCGGGCGGGCAGCCGGCCGCCGGAACCAGCGGGCCCAUGGCCGCUGCGGGACCCGGCGCCAUUCCGCCUGCAGCUGCCAAACCUGGCCUGGGCGGCGGUGUCGGCGGCGGCAGCAGCGACGCCGUCAGCUACGGGCAGGACUCGGGCUACGGGCAAGGUGGAUACGAGCAGCCCGGCGGCGGCGGGGCAGGAGGAGGUGGGUACGGGCAGUCGGCCGGAUAUGGCCAGACUAGCCCCACCUCCUACGUCAACCAGAUGUGAUGUCGCCCAACCGCACGCUCUCCAGAUUUCGUACCGCGGGGGCAGGAAAUUAAGAGUGGUUCAUAACCAGAGGUUGCUUUCAGUGCAAACGGUGUGAGCAUGUUUUCGAACGAGCAAGCGCCUUUCAGUUGAGUGUCGCCCGAUUGUAAGAGAUCUGCAAUCGGGCGACGGGUUUUUGUUGAAUUUUUUUUUUUGGCGGACGUGGUGAUAGGCCGCCCCUGUCGGGUUCAGGGAUUUUCCACUGGGCCCAACUGCCGGAGGAAAUACUUGGCUCGCGGAUUAUGAUGUUUUCUUUCUUCCGUCGGAAAGCAAAGGUGGUUGAGUGUCACGUUAUAACGCAUGUCGUACAGACGACGUAUUUAUAACUUUCGUUUCUUCCUUGCUUUCGUCAACAAAUUUACCUCAUGGACCUCGAAGUAUAAUUUUCAAUCAGUUUUAUGAGUUAGAUUCUAUUUAUAUAUACUUUAUGUUCUUUAGGCCAUUGACAGACAUCACGAGUGAUGGUGUAAUUGUCUUUAUUUAAUAUUUCAAGUUCUGGUUGUGACUAAGAAAAAAACACACACUUUUAACUCUGAUCAUUUCCUGCCCUGGUUUUAAUUUUAGGCAUGUCUGUAAAAAAAAUUAUGACCAUGUUAUGAAUAAUACAUUUUAAGAAGCAACAUAAACAAGUCAGAAGCAGCUUUUCCCUCCACUAUUAGGCAAAGGGCACUGCAUUUUUAGCCACCUGUCCGAUGUAGCGUCGUCCGUGUGUAGACGAGGUGUGUGAGAAGUGUCAGUGUGGUGACGGAUUACAGUCGCUGGAUGUUUUAAAAAUCGAUCUGAUCCAAACCCAGACAACUCAGGGGGGACAUUGUUCACAAACCGUGUGUAAAGAUCGCAGCCCUGUAUUGGAAAUGACUGCAGGGUUCAAUGGCCGAAUUCAUAAACACAUCGUAAUUUAUGUAAGGUCAAAGAGCACGCUAAACUCCCCAUCAACCUCCAAACGUGUGUUUGGUGCAGCAAAAACAUUUCAAUCGCGUUACCACUAUGAUAAUGAUUUUGGCAGAUGUAAAAAAAAAAGUAAAUUCAGACUUUAUUUUACACACAAUGUGGUUAUUUAAGAAUGUGCCACGGUUUUUGUGAAUGUUUUGGGUUAUACCUCGCAAAUGUUGUUUGUGUGUACACAAGUGCUUUUAAGAUUUUCGUUCAUAAUUUCACAAUGGUGGGCAUUUUUAAGUUACAAAUAAUUGGUGCAGGUUAAUUGUGGUCAGAUCACUCUGUCUCAAAGUAUGUGCUGGUUGUCUUCAUGAAAAUCUGUCUCUUAACAUUGAAACAAACAUUUGAUCACCUUUCAUAGUAAAUACUCACCUUGAUAAAAUUGCACGUGGUUUUCCAGAAUGUAUUUAGAGAAAAAAAUCUUCUAUUCUUUGAGGAGUAUACUGUUAUGACAGUUGCCACAUCCCUUUGAUAAUUUCCGGAAUCCUUGUAUUUAUUUUCUAUCGCUUCCUACAAUAGAUCAAUAUUAUAAGACAUUGCACAACGUAGGCACGGUUAUUAAAAUUGCAUGAAUUCUCUUUCUCGAAUUUAUUUAAUCUCAGCGCUUGAAUUAAUGUGAAAAAAACGUAGCAUUAUUCAGCGUCACCAUGGUGGAGCGAAUGAAACAUCAUAAUUCUGGAGAAAUAUUUGGUUUAUUUUUCGCAGAGAUGAACAGAGGUAUGUACAGCCGUUUAUUUGUUUACUUCAUCAAUGGGUUUUGUCAUUCCUGUCUCAUCGAAUGCCUGAAAACGUAUGGUGGCGAAUUGAGAACACGGCUCAUACAGGGCGAGCCAUUUCUAGACACCCCGCUGGAAUAAUGGAGAAGCCGUGUGUUAACAACACACCGUGUUUGAAUUUGGAGCCUCUGACAUGCCUCCCAGCGAUCUCCAUCGCACUGAAUUGUUCGCAACAGUCGAUGAAGAUGAUGAUGCGUAUACCGAGGUCAUCGAUAUCUCGCAGGCUCGUCGCGUACGCAUGUCGUCUGGGACAUUGAGCCCACUGGAAACAAUGCAUGGGGUGGGGGGGGGGGUUAUGUCUGGUUAACGAGGGGCCCACGCGAUUGUCAGGUGAACGCGGGGGGCCCACAUGACUGUUCCACCUCGGCCAAUCCAACACGCAGGUAACUCCUGUGACCAAUCACGCGCGACACAAGGCCAUGGUGGUUAGCGAUCAGUGGGGUGUCUAUAAAUGGAUCGCAAUUUGCAAUAGGUACGUGUCCACCCACUCGUGUGUGUGCCCCUUGGCCUGUUGGUUUUGCCCGUCGGUUUUGCCCGUUGCUCUGGAACCCCGCACAGAUGAUAGCCAUCGGUCAGUCUCUCGUCAGCUACUUUCGUUACACCGUUCGGGUUGCAGAAUUUUAAUUGUUCCGUGGUAACGGAUGGACUCAGUCUGCGUUUGUGCAAAACGACCUUGUGCUUUGUGGGUUAUCCCUGGACCAAACUUAAUUUUGUUUAACAUAUAUAUACACACGUAAUGUUUGUUGUGUAUAUCUGGCAUUACACAGGCUUGGGUUAUUUCAAAUUUCAUUACAUUUUAAUUUAGGAAUAUAGCAGAGAGCGCCUCAUAUCCGUGACCGAGUCACCCGCGGUUCUGCUAGAACUCAGAUUUAUCCGCAGCCCUUUUAUUCCCAUCGUUCAUGUUUUUUUUAUGGAUCGGUGCAGUAAAUUCGUGGAUAACACGUUACAUGAUAUGCGUCACCCUCACACAUCACCACGGGUAAGAGGUGAUCUCCUGAACUUUAACUUUCAACAGUUGAACUCUCAUUAAUGAUGCACUUCGGGAUUAUGGAUUGUAUUUCAUUAUUAAUGAAAGGCUCAGCCUCAAGGUCAACACAGGACGUUGACUUGCACUUGAGUUGUUCUGCAUUAAUAAUAUAAUAAUUUACUUACAUAUAUACUAAUUUUCAGGUACAUUUCUGACACCCGUAGCGAUGUAUUUAUUUGAAAACGUUAAUUUAUGGCCGCUCAUAGGUUGUGUAAUGUAUACAUAAAAGUAAUAUGUGCGACGCAUUUAGUGUAAUAUAAUUCGUCGCACACUGUUGUUGUGUAAAGUAUUGGGACGCACAGAUUAAACAAUCGCCCCACGUCAAGACUUAAUGUAAGAUUUUAGACGCCCUGCGCAAUUGGCAUUAAACACAUGUGUGCCCCUCCAGGUGUGGAUGCGUGCUCCCUCUAGCGCUGCCAAAUGGCUGCCUACGAGGCACUUGACAGUAGCAGAAUAUGCGUCAAAAAUUGGUUUAUUAUCCAUAGUAAAGGUUUUUUAUUUGGGUUAGAUAGCCUAAAUAUAAAUGUACCCCUGGACCCACUACCACCCGACACAGAAAAUCAGUAAGGUUUGUCACGUAAAUAAAUGUGGCAAUUCGUUACUAGCUCAGCACACCAGUGUGUUAGAGAGUAAACCCACUACAACAUUUACAAUUCGAGUACCGUGACGUUUCGCCGGUAAUUACAACAACGGGCAGCAUCAUCAGGCGACAGCCAGAGUUGUGGAGAAAUCCUCUUCCUGUUUUGGUCUUAAAUAGAUGGAGGAUAAAUGUGAUGACGUCACUUAUGAGCCAAGCAGGUGCGAAGACCAGAGAGGGGGGGGAGGGUUAAUAUACUCGUAUAAAUUACAAAGGAUAUCUAUUAUUGGUUGGGUUAUUCACAUUUAUAUUUAUGCGGUCUAACCCAAGAAACCCUUUUAUGGUUAAUAUUUGUCGCGAAAGCCUCCUCCUACGACUGCGUGUUCAACUCGGUUUUGUUACCCUGAGGUGGUACCAAACAGUGCCCACAGUGAACCGUCACAGAGGGCCUGUCCUAGUGAAGUGGCCCCUGAAGUACACGGUGGCAGUAGGCAAUGAUGGCUAUGUUGUACUGAUGACUCCUAACACGCGUGAAGCCGAUGUACAUUGUUCAGCCGCAGUCUUUAAAUAUGAAUAAUUAGAUGGUCGCGACUGAAUCUUGGUGGCCUCACAUGUCAAGUGGCAUGCAAGGCAUGAUGGUAGGACCAAUGAUGUUACGGUCACACGGUCAUGCCUCUUUGCCGUCUAGAAAUGACCUCGUUGCGUGGAUUAUAGUUAGCGCGACUCGAUUCUUUGCACGCACCUCUCCGUCCCACCGUUUACAGAAAGCGUUAUGGAAGCGGUUUGACGUAAGCUGUUUACACCACGGGGGGGACGUUGAUGCCGGCGAUGUGCGAUGUGACGCGCAACGCUGGCAUGCCGUACGUGCAACAAUUCACUCCCCCUGCCCCCCCGCCCUCUCUCCCCACCACCCCCACCCCGUCCGGCACCGCCACAAGCGAUACGAGGAAUUGUCGUGAUUCGAGAGUCGCGAUUUCGAUUUGUGAAUCGAUUACAGCAAUACCCCGAUUUAUGUCUCCCCCUUUUACAAACAUUUCACAAACACGUCACGACAUUAUUAUUAACACCGCCGCAUGAUUUGCGUCACCUCAACUCACACACUCAUGUCACUGACAGCAUCGUCAUACGUCUGUUCUCGUUAUCCAUCACCUCUCAGCCUUCGCCUCCACCACCGUACCCUGUAAAUCGCUUCGAUUCGUGGUCGCACCUUUCAGGAACGCAUCUCCGACGUAAACCGGGGUAUUGCUGUGUUAUUGUUUUUGUCCAGUUUGCACGGUCUCAUUGGCAUUGUCCGCCCCCAUGUGUUCUGCGUCGUGCGUACCAUAUCGUUUGUUCCGUUAGCCUUGAGGGAACGUUGGCAAAAAUGUUUUGCAAAGUUUAUUCUUGGAGGAUAACCGUAGAUUGUUGUCGAUGGUUCAGCUGGACUGUUUACGCGUCCAGUGUUGUCACUACAGGUUGAAGAGGCUACAAAGUCAGGCUCGGGUUUCCUGGUCCCAGAUGAUGACAUGUGCGGCAUGGACUCGUUUAUAAUUGGAGCACAAAGGCAACGUGUGCCAGAGAUGAUGUUGUAUGUGAUAACGAUGCGUUUGGUAAUCGUCAAUUAAAGAAGGAGUCCUGUUCUCUGCCCAGUGAUUCCGAACGUCACUUAUACCCAGAGCUGCCCCUAGUGGUACACGGCGAAUCGGGGGUGACCGCCCCGGGUCCCGCGAUUUGGGAGGCCCCCCGAUGCGCUUCGAUGUCACGGUGCCAGAUGUAAUACCGCACUGCCCCUUCCACCCCCUACGGGCGGCCCUGCUUACGCGUUCACUUUCGCUGCCGUCAUCACGGGAGGGGGUGAACCGCAGGGUCUGUGGCAUCAACCCACUUUGGCCAUGGUGAUAUUUUAAUCUGAUGAUGAAAUCAAGAGUUGGAACAUCGUGAAGGACUGCAUCUCCCAUCGAUGGGGGGGGGGGGGGGCGGCUAUCGUCCGGUACUGGAAUAGAACAAUGAAAUCGGACACCCGACGAAAUCUCCGACCAGAGAUUCUCCCCUCCCCCCUCAUAUAUGUGACGAAAGUAGUCGAGCCAAAGGAGAGUGUCUUUGUCCAUAUUCAUGGUCAUUGUGGACCAUGAAUCGAGGUUUCAUUUGUAUCGAUUCACCUCGGUGGAUGCGGCAGUUGCUUAAAGUCGAUUGGGCAGCCAUCUAGAAAAUGUCCUCGCGAUAUAGUGGAUUGAGUAGUCGUGAGACACCCCCCCCCCCUUUAUUUGAUUGGCCAAUAUCAGCGAGAUUGGUGAUUCCGUCGCAGUCCGCCUUGACGGGGGGGGGGGGGGGUGUAUGGUUGUGUUUGCGUCACCAGCCGUGAAAAGCGUGAGCCGCCCUUCCUGCGCUCAUCCCGUGGGCACGGCGCGAUGGACAGCGGCGCGUGUUGCGCGCCGUUGUCCGUCCGCGGUGUCCGUCCCGACGGCAUGCAAUCCGAGAUGUCGUUCUGUAGGCUCUGGCAAAAAUCUGAUGAGCUGCGUGGCUCUUUCUCACAGAUGUCCAGUACGGGUGGUGGCGUGGGGUUCAGAACGUUACAGCAAAUAAACAGUAAACAGGGGGAAAACGAUCGGAGUGCAAAGUAUAGGAAAGGAAAGCCAAUUACCAAGAGUAAAUACGUAAAAUAGAUCAAGUAUAUGAGUUCAAAUUGCAUAAGCGCACCGAUUCCCAAGCUUGGGCAAGGCAGAACAGCAGAAAAAACAGUCACAGACCACACCAAGACAACACACAGUUCCUCAAUAAAAUUGCACAUUAAAAUUCGAACGAUCAAUACAUGGGUAAGGACAAAUGUUAUAAAAUGACAUUUUCAAAUGCAGUGCAAAUGGGAAUGUCGGUGAUUCCAGCUGGCGCUCGCCGGCGCACACAGAAGCGCAGAGAGAGACGCUUGCCGGGAGUUUACGCUGAGAGGCAUAGGAAUGGAUUUGGAGAGCACCGUCUGCUGGUUAAUGACAUCAAUACAACUGUUGCGCUUGGGAAGGACGCGCUGCCCGGUCGGACUCGGACCCGAUGUUGAGGAGUAACGAUGGAGCAGCCGCCAGGGGUGGCAGGGGAAAGACAACAAACUGAACACAAAAAGCAGCUGAAACUAAAUUAGUUUUCAAUAUAGAUGAUUUAAAAGUGCUUAGCUCCAGCGGCUUCCUAAUGUAGGAAGGAAGAGAGAAGCGGCGAUACUAGUUAACGGAGAGCACCAGCUAUAGCUCGUCCCACCACUGUAGCUAAUGAGGUGAUGGAAGGGACAGACGGCGAUGAUGAUGGCGACGUACUAACUCGGGAGUGAAAGGCUACCUCGAGGCUAGCGGGGUGAACGAGGCAGAACGAUCCAGACGGAACACUUUAAUUCCAGCAAUUCAAACCAGGCGUUUACAAAGGCCAAUUGAGACAGACGUCUUUAAAUUGAAUCAGACAAAUUAGACCAAAGAGAAUCGAUUCUUGAAUCGGAAUCGUCACCCCUCCCCCCCCCGUCCC